AUGGCCGCCGGCAACCAGCGGAAGUGCCUCUUUGUGGUGAUCAAGGAUAGAAAGCCUGAUUAUUUUGUGUGCAGCAUGAACAUCGAGCAUAUGUUCCAGUCCGGCCCCUCCAGAGGGGCUGCGGUAGAGAUCCGCAGCCUCCCCAGCCCCAUGGGGCAGAUCCCCAAGCCCCUCCCCAGCCCCAUGGGGCAGAUCCCCAAGCCCCUCGCCAACCCCGAGCGCAUCGACUUCGCCCUCGCCGGCGACGGCGCCACUUUGGUGGGCGUCAGCAACCUCAAGCGCACCGUCUUGUACGACACGAGGUCAGGAGCCACGUUAACGGGGCCGGAGCUCCAGCACGACAAGACCGGCGGCACCUUCGUCAUCCCGCUGGGGCGCAGGCUCUACGCGCUCAAAUGCCGUCUCAACAGGGUCGAUGGCCGCCCGCACUACUUCAUCCACUUGAUGGCCGUGCAAAUCAUCAAGACUUCUACCGGCUCCGGCUCCGGCAAGAAGCAGCUGAGGAUGGUCAAGCGCGGAGUUUGCUGCUACGAAAUGCCAAGCCAUGGCCUCAUGGCUCAUGUUUUUUAA